AUGGCCGCCGCCACAACUGCAGCCGCAGACGCAGCCCAAGACGGGCAGACGCCCUCGCUCUCCGCCUCGCCAAGCACCUCGCGCCCCCGCCUCCCGCCGCCGCCGCCGCCACCAACAACCACAACCACAACGUCGCGUUCUCGCCGGUGUCCGUGCACGCGGGCGCAGCUGCUCGCCUUCCUCGGCGCCCCGUCAGCCGAGGGGCUCGCCGACUUUGGCCGCCGCGUCGCGGACCGCGUCCUCGCCGACCGCUCCGACGCCGGCGGGCCGCGGGUGCUCUUCGGCGGAGGCGUUUGGGUGGACGCCGCCUGCGGAGGGCUCACAGACGCGUUCCGCGACGUCGCAGCCGAGGCCUACAAAUCGGAGGCGAGAACCGUGAGCUUCACCGAUGAGUGGGUGAAGAAGGCCACGGACAACCUCAUCGACUCCAUGAUCUCCACCGACGACAUCAACGCCGCCACCGACCUCGUGCUCGCCAACGCCAUCUACUUCAAAGGCGACUGGAUGGAGCCAUUUCAACUCCAGUUCACAUCCCCGGGCACGUUCCACCGGCUUGACGGAGGCCACGUCGAGUUGGAUUUCAUGGAGAAAUACCGGAGGAUGGACGUUGCCUGCAUGGACGGGUUCAAGGUCCUAAAGCUACCAUACAAGCUCGGCGCCACACCACCGGCUCAUGGCCAGCUCAAGCGCCGCCGUGGGCAGGUCGACACAAAGUCCAAGGACAUGCCCUCGACGGAGGUCAACGAGAGCACACGGUACUCCAUGUUUGUCUUCCUCCCGGACACGCGUGACGGCAUGGCGACCAUGGUGGACGUGGUCACCGCGGCGGCAGCGUUCAUGUACAGCAUCUCGGCCGAGAUGAAGUUGCGGGAUGUGGACCUGAAGCUGCCCAAGUUCAAGAUAACAUUCAACUGGGGGAACCUCAAGGAGACUCUCUGCCAGCUGGGGCUGACGCUGCCGUUCUCGCCAGAGGCCGCCGACCUGCGGGGCAUGUGCAACGGGGACGAAGGUGACGGCAAGUCACGGCGGACAACGUUCCUGAGCAAGGUUGCACACAUGGCAGUGGUUAAUGUGAACGAGAAGGGAACUGAGGCUGGAGCAGUGGCAUUCCACGUGCAUGGUGGUAGCGGGCCACCGCCUGACCUCGUCGAGUUCACCGCCGACCAUCCAUUCACCUUCUUCAUCAUGGAGGAGCGGUCUGGGGUGAUCGUGUUCGUAGGACACAUUCUUGACCCUACCAAGUGA